AGAGGCGGAUGUUUUUCUAAAUUUACGUGUACUACCUUGCGUGAAAACAUCGGUUCUCCUUUUAAAGUAAAAAAGUGAAUCGCAUAAGAUGACCUCAUAAAGUGAAAAUCCUCGUGUUUAGUGCAUAUUUCGUUGAAAAUACUUGAAAAUACGAGAAAAUUGGCGGUAAAUUCGACGAAAUGUCGAAAAUAUCGAAGGGAUCUUCUGGAAAGUCCUUCAAGAGUGUUGGCGAUCAUCAAAAAUACUUAUCGCGUAUCAAAAAAACUCUGUACUAUGGAAAAUUGCCAAAAACGGAUGCUCUCAGUCUGCCAGUAACAGAAUUGGCGGCGGAACUGUUUUCCGAAGCACAAAAGGGAAAAUCAUUGAAAAGACUGGACUGCUACGAUGCCUCAAAAAUAUCGCGAAACGCUUGUGUAUCCCCGUGCUCAUUGGUUUUGGCCAUGCUCUACCUAGAAAGACUUAAAAAAUGCAACCCAGAGUAUUUAGCAAGGACUGCUCCGUCGGAUUUAUUCUUAGUUUCAUUGAUGAUUUCGAGCAAAUUUUUAUUUGAUGAUGGAGAAUCAGAUGAGGUUUUUAUGGACGAAUGGGCGGCAUCUGGAGGAAUGACCGUCAAAGAGUUAAUUUCGUUGGAAAGAGACUUUCUACAGGCCAUUGAAUGGGAAGUUUACGUGGGAGAGCUAAAAUUUUGGAAAAAGCUGAACGAAAUCGAGUACGCUUUGGCGGAAAGGCAGGGUAAAUCGCGCGGCUUUUUGACCUACACCGAGCUGGAGAUCCUCUCGCGCACUCUUGACCUGCACAACCUGUUGCAGUGCCUGGUGGCGCUGUCGGUCAUUCUCAUGGCCACCUACGCCGCCGGCAUCUUGACGCUGAUUGGCUCCGUGUUUCUCACCAGCCAGAUACCCGGAACGACCCUCUACGCGGGCAGGAAAAUGAUCGAGAUGCCAAAUGUUGGAAGUGAUUACGUCUACGGCGAAAAUAAGACUGACACGUGUAAGUUCUUGAAGAUGGACGCGGUGGACGUGUUUAAAACCGGGAUUCUGCUGGCUUCCAUUUCGGCCAAUGAGAGCAACUCUCAGGCGGUCACGUGGGAUUGGUGGAGCAUUCCCGCCAUGAACUGGCUUGCUACGACGUCGGACUACGUGGAAAAAUUCGAGUUGCCUCUAAAAAAUCCCUUCUUUUUUGAAACGUACGACUUGGAGUUGGAUCGUUAUAGAAUCGAAGACAGACUGGAUAAAGCGGUCAAAACGCGCAUUCAGGAUCAAAUGGAAACUUCUUGGCACGCGGAAUGGACGGACACAAUAAAAUACGGGCUCUUCUACCACAAACUUGCACCGAACCUAUUAUAUAACGUUAAAUCCUAAAGUCGAGAAAAUGUAACCAAUUUAAUACAGAAUAAACUAAUUUCCAAA